GGCUGUCACUCCCGGGCGGUUUCUCUGUGACCGGCGCUCGGCUGGGGGCGGGAGGAAGAGGGGCCGGACUGGGGCCUGACGAGCCGCCGCUGCUGCUACCGUCCUCGCGGCUGCUAUGACCAGCGGGCAAGGCGCCCUCCGCAGCUCCGCGCAGCGCUAGUCGCGGCCGUGCGCUCGCCGUCGCUGUCUGGGUCCCCAGCGCAGCCGCUUCCGCGGCUCUCUCGGCUCUUCCAGCGCCGCCUUCGAGGCGAGGCGGAGGCAGGAUGAAGAUGACGGUGGAUUUCGAAGAGUGUCUGAAGGACUCGCCCCGCUUCAGGGCUGCUUUGGAAGAAGUAGAAGGAGAUGUGGCAGAAUUGGAACUAAAACUUGAUAAGCUUGUGAAACUUUGUAUUGUGAUGAUUGAUACCGGAAAGGCCUUUUGUGUUGCAAAUAAACAGUUCAUGAAUGGGAUUCGAGACCUGGCACAAUAUUCUAGUAAUGAUGCUGUAGUUGAGACAAGCUUGACCAAGUUUUCUGACAGUCUUCAAGAAAUGAUAAAUUUUCACACAAUCCUAUUUGACCAAACUCAGAGAUCAAUUAAAGCACAGCUUCAGAACUUUGUUAAAGAAGAUCUUAGAAAAUUUAAAGAUGCCAAGAAGCAAUUUGAGAAAGUCAGUGAAGAAAAAGAAAAUGCACUAGUAAAAAAUGCUCAAGUACAAAGAAACAAACAGCACGAAGUUGAAGAAGCCACGAACAUUCUGACAGCUACAAGAAAAUGUUUUCGACACAUAGCUCUCGACUACGUACUUCAGAUUAAUGUCCUUCAAUCAAAAAGGAGAUCAGAAAUCCUAAAAUCAAUGUUAUCUUUUAUGUAUGCUCAUUUGGCCUUCUUCCAUCAAGGGUAUGAUCUAUUUAGUGAACUUGGGCCCUACAUGAAGGAUCUUGGUGCACAGCUGGAUCGACUGGUUGUGGAUGCAGCAAAGGAGAAAAGAGAGAUGGAGCAAAAACAUUCUACCAUUCAACAAAAGGAUUUCUCCAGUGAUGAUUCUAAGUUAGAAUAUAAUGUAGAUGCUGCAAAUGGCAUUGUUAUGGAAGGAUAUCUGUUCAAACGAGCCAGCAAUGCCUUCAAAACUUGGAACAGGAAAAAGCCCGAUCAUAUCAGACGCUGGUUUUCAAUACAGAACAAUCAGUUGGUUUACCAGAAAAAGUUUAAGGAUAACCCCACUGUGGUAGUGGAAGAUCUCAGGCUCUGCACAGUGAAACACUGUGAAGAUAUAGAACGACGCUUCUGUUUUGAAGUAGUCUCUCCAACAAAAAGUUGUAUGCUUCAGGCAGAUUCUGAAAAGCUGCGCCAGGCAUGGAUUAAGGCUGUUCAGACCAGUAUUGCUACUGCUUAUAGAGAGAAGGGUGAUGAAUCAGAGAAGCUGGAUAAGAAAUCAUCUCCAUCCACAGGAAGCCUAGAUUCUGGAAACGAGUCAAAAGAUAAAUUAUUGAAAGGAGAAAGUGCACUGCAGCGAGUCCAGUGUAUUCCUGGCAAUGCCAGCUGUUGUGACUGUGGUCUGGCAGAUCCACGGUGGGCCAGCAUCAACCUGGGCAUCACCCUGUGUAUUGAGUGUUCUGGAAUUCACCGGAGUCUUGGAGUUCAUUUUUCAAAAGUACGAUCUUUAACUUUAGACACAUGGGAGCCUGAACUUUUAAAGCUUAUGUGUGAGUUGGGAAAUGAUGUUAUAAAUCGAGUUUAUGAAGCUAAAGUGGAAAAAAUGGGAAUAAAGAAACCACAACCGGGGCAAAGACAGGAGAAAGAGGCAUAUAUCAAAGCAAAAUACGUGGAGAGGAAAUUUGUGGAUAAAUAUUCUAUGUCAUCAUCACCUCCUGAGCAGGAAAAAAAGACUGUCUCCAAAAGUUCUGAAGAGAAGAGGCUGAGCAUUUCUAAACUUGGGCCCAGUGACCAAGUCAGAGUACCUCCCCAAAGUUCAGUGGUUGCUGUAAAUAGCGACGAGGCCAGGCGGGAGUCUCUGUUCUGUCCUGAUGAGCUAGAUUCACUCUUCUCCUACUUUGAUACUUCUUCAAAACUACGUAGUAUCAAAAGCAAUGAUAGUGGAAUCCAGCAGAGCUCUGAUGAUGGAAGAGAAUCUUUACCCUCCACAGUGUCUGCCAAUAGUUUAUAUGAGACUGAGGGAGAACGGCAAGAUUCUUCUGUGUUUCUCGACUCUAAACAUUUUAACCCCGGACUCCAGCUUUAUAGGGCUUCAUAUGAAAAAAAUCUUCCUAAAAUGGCUGAGGCUCUGGCUCAUGGUGCAGAUGUGAACUGGGCCAAUUCAGAGGAAAAUAAAGCAACACCACUUAUUCAGGCCGUAUUAGGGGGUUCUUUGGUGACCUGCGAGUUUCUCCUACAGAAUGGUGCUAACGUGAACCAGAGAGAUGUGCAGGGGCGGGGCCCACUGCACCAUGCCACUGUCUUGGGACACACAGGGCAGGUAUGUUUAUUUCUAAAACGAGGUGCCAAUCAGCAUGCCACCGAUGAAGAAGGGAAAGAUCCUUUGACUAUCGCUGUGGAAGCAGCCAAUGCUGACAUAGUGACUUUGUUACGUUUAGCAAGAAUGAAUGAAGAGAUGCGGGAAUCAGAAGGACUUUAUGGACAGCCAGGUGAUGAAACCUACCAGGAUAUUUUUCGUGAUUUUUCCCAAAUGGCAUCCAAUAAUCCAGAGAAACUAAAUCGUUUCCAGCAAGAUUCACAGAAAUUCUGAGUUUUUUUUAAGGGGAAAAUAUUAAAUUGAAUGAUCCCCUAAUGUGUACAUCUGAAAUCUUACAAGUUUUUACUGCUUUAACUCUACUUAAUUUUAGUAGGUAUUGAGUGGUUUGGAAAAAAGGUACCCCAUUCAUUGAUAUUUUUUAUAAAUUAAAAUGUAGGUCUCUAGUAGUUGGGAGAGGAACCUACUUUAGGACCUCUUUUAUUAAAAAAAAAAAAAGAAGUCUGUUUAAAGGGCUAUUUUUUAUAGACAAAAUCUAGACUUAGGUCAUCUUUAUGUUACAAGAUGCUAAUAGUUUGGGUGAAAUCUCUGCUUUUGCCAAUGGGUAGCAUUGAUUUUUUUUUUCUAUGCAUGAUGCCGAGGACCAUUCAGUCAAGCAUGUCUGCAUCAAAAUAAGAGCCAACUGUCCUGCCUGCCUGAAGAAUAUGUCUUUUCUUUAGCUUCCCUAAUGAAUUUUGGGGAUUCAAAAAAUACUUUUUUUGUUGUUUUGUUUUGUUCUCUGGUAUCCUGUUAUACAUACAAUAUGUAAUGUAAUUCUCAGAGCUAGAAAAUAUGUUUCCUCCAUUUGCUCAUAAAUAUAGUGAUAUUCCUUAGAUGUCUGGUUAUUGUGUAAGUUAACAUACAUGUAAUGGCUGUACAAGUAGAUGUAACUCAGUUUUUCAGAUCUAUCCCAUUUUAUGAAGCAUAAAGAAGCCCUUAACAAUUUUUUUUUUUUUAAAUAACCAAAAGAACCUUACUUACAGAAGUUGUAGUCCUUCAUUGUUGGGUUGGUUUCCUAAAACCUUGACAAAUUUAUUGAUGUAAUAAAACUGUUUCAGAGGUUACUUGAAUGUUGAAAAUUAUACUUUUAUCAGAUUGUAACUUUCAACUGAUUAAGUUAUAAUGUAGAGCAUUUUUGUAUUCAAAAUUUCUCCUUUUCAAGAUAACUUUGCUAUUGCACUGAGUGAAAGAAAAAUUUCUGGAAAAGAAAAAUCUCAAGGUUUUCUCAGUUUAUACUAAAAUAUAUAAUGAUGAAUUGCUUUUUAAUUUUUUCAACAUCUAUCCUUUGUAUACAGUAUACAGUAUUUUAAAUUAUACCAUCUAUGUAUCUUUAGUAGUUGGUUACAUGAAACACCCUUGAAUUCCAGAACAUGGAUCUACUAAUUUACACAUAAAUGCUAUAAAUUUGUCUGAUUCCAUCUUUGAUUGACAUAUCUUGUCAGGAGUACAAAAUAAUUAAGUAAUUUGCCUUAUAGUUUCUAAUAUUGUCAAGAAUUAAGUUUAAUCUUCUUUUACAUGACGUCGUAUUAUUGAUACUCGGUUUCUAAAUAAGAGUUUUUAAAAUUUGCGCUACCAAAUAAGUAGAAAAAUUAUAUUUAAUUUGGUAGAUAAAAUAAAUUUUAAACAUAAAAUUUCCUAACAUCCCUCCCUCCAGUAACUAGAGUUUUUUAAGUUGAUUGCAUGUCAAACCAGGAUUUAUCUAAACAGGAAUUAGACUGAAGUAAAUUCUUGUCACAGAAAAGUUUCCAUAUUUGGCCAAAUUGUGUGUCUACAAUGCUUAUUUAGUAAUAAUCACUGUAUAUUAGAUAAGGAUAAAAUAUAUUUGUGUUAUUUCUAAGAAAAUGUUAACUUCCAAAGCCUGUAUUUUAAUUACGACAGUAACAAAAACAUUAAAUCUUCCUGUUUCUCACCUCAGAGUCACAGAUCAUCUGGCUUUGCACAGAUCUGGUCUGUAACAUUUUUAUUAGAGUGUACUUUGAAGCUGUCCAAAAAGUUCAAGGAUAAGUUAUGUUAAAAAUAUGUCAAAAAUGAACAGAAAGAAAAAGAGAAGCUCACUUUUCCUUUGUAGUACCUAUUCUGGUUAAUCACAGGGCUUCACUUCUAAAUCUCCUAAGCUUUAUCUGAGGAAGCCUGAACAGUUUUGCUUUUGGAUCCAGCCAUUGGUGCUCCAGAUCAUCUCUGGGGCCUCUGGUCGUGAAGGCAGUUCCUUAUGACUCUCUUAACCAAUGUGGCUGGAGUCGUUAGUUUUAUUAAUGUUAGUAUAAUAAAAGUUUCAUUAAACUUAGUUUCUACUUAAAUUUAAUGGUUAGAGAUGUAUUUGAAGAUGAUCAUGGUUCUGAAUAUCUUCAGAGAAACUAAAUCUUUAUCAGUAUAGGUAGCCUGACAAUACAAAAAUACAUUCCAGUGGCUUGAUUUCUUGAAUAUGCCAUGACCCAAUUUGGAUGAAAUUUGGCAGAAACGAUGCAGUAAAUAUAACAAGGCCCUUAAGUAAAUUAAUAGUUAUAAGUAGUUACAAAGUAGAUUGGCUCCUACCAAGGUGAUUUAGCUGCGUCAACUAAUAGCUUUUAUAUAGUAUGUAACAAAUCUGAGUUUUAUGCUGUGAAUUUUUUUCAAUGCAUUAUGAGAAAGUACAGUGUGAACCAUGUUAACCAUACUUUUGGAAUUCAUAAGUCAAUGUGAUAGAUCUUUGUUUUCUUUCCUUAACUGAUCUGCUUAUAUUAAUUUCUGGUUCCUUGUCAGUGCUCUGUUAGUUUAUUGUUCUAGCAUGUUAAUUUAAAAGCUAGAUUAACAUCAAAAUAAAAUAGCAGUACUAUGAAGAGCUCAUAAAAUGCAGUCUCACACCAGAACUAGACUAAAGGUAAUUGAGUAGUUAUUUGUAGUUUAUGUUUAAGAUUUCUAAGGUUUUUAAAAUUUACCUUUGGUACAAUUCUUAGAAAUUCAAAAAUUUCUAGGGAUUCAGUACAUUUCCAGGGAUUCAGAACCCAAUUUUUACUGGUCUUCUUUACUGGUAGAUUUUAGUGAGCUUUGAUGUUUACUUUCCAAAACAUGUAAUUUAAUUUGGAAUGUGUACUUAGGUUCUUCAUGAGUGCAUGUUGAAAAAAAAAUUAUACCUUCACAGUCUGGACAACUUAAGUUUGUGAUGUGUUAGGCAGUAUUUUAAAAAAAUAUAAUUUUACACAUGUGAGGUAUGGUGACAAUAAACCAAAUUGUAUUUAAGACUAAACUUAGUACUCAUUUUGAAUAAGAAGACAUUCCCAUAGCACUUGCAUAUUGCCAUAUUAACUUUCCUGUUUGAUAGCACUUUUGAUCAUGGACAAGAGCAGGAAAAAUGAUAUAUUUUUAUAGAAUUAUUAUGUCCAGAAUGACUUCCACUUGCAUGUUAUAUGGAAAGAGCGCUGACUAGUAGUUACUACCCUUUUUGGAUUCAGAGCUUCUCACAAAUAAAAGGAGUGGAUAAAACAUGGUGAAACUAUAACACCAUCCUUUUGUGUGCUGUUCUGCUCACAGUGUAUGUUGACAUUGCUUUAUCUCACCUGAUUCUGACAGUAGGAUUUCUGCGAUAUUAUUCUAAGAAUGCCAACAUUUCUUUUCUUUGAUCCUGGGAUGCUCCUCUUGGUUUACAGAGGGGAGUCAUUGAUUUGCUGGUUGGUGGCGUAACUGACCCCAGAACCCCUGUCUGACUGACUACUAGUCGGAGGCACUUUACUUGUAUCGGGAGAUGUUUUGAAAUCAUUGUAAAGCAGCAAAAUCUGAUAAUGACUGCCAGCUUUCCUUGUGUUUUCAUAGCAAAGACUCCAAAUACUCAGGAGAGCCUGGUUAUAAAAUUACCUUGAAGGAAUAGAUAUGGAUUUAAAGACAUUGAAUGGUAGAGAACAUUACAUUUUUGUAAAAGCAAACAUUAAUGAAAGCAAAACAUGGUAAGGUGAUUUUAAUUUACCAUAUACUUAUCAAAUUCUUGAUGUUUCCAAAUGAAAAGUAACUAAAAGGGCCUUGGAUUCAGUUUGGCUAAAUAAUGACAUCUAUAAACAUGGUUUUGUAGAUAUCCUUUCCCAAUUACAUAGAUUUAUCCACUUAAAAUAAUGAAAUAAUAAGGGGAGAGAAAUAAGGUUUGAUUAAUCUUUUCUCUGCAUUGGUCUUUUCACUGUAUUAUGUUUUAGAUUUUCUUAUUUUUCCUCAACAACCUCCUGCAGAGGGUGUUCAUUUUAAACAGGGAAAGCUUGCUACAUUAUGAAGAUUGCUGGCACCGUUUAUUUUACACAGAGGCUAAAGGUUAACUUUUGGAAAUGAUGAGCUACUUUUCUAUAUGUGUUUAUUUGUGCUUUGUGGUAUUUCUGGAUCAUUCCAGUCAUAAAGAUUUAUUACAUGUAAUAUUUCUUGCUACCUGUGAAAAGGCAUAUUUUAUAGAAUGUAUAACCAACACUCCUUUUACUUUUUAUUAGUAUGUAGAGGUUUUGUAUCUAAUUCAUGAAUGUAGUUUUACUGUAGUCUGUCAUUGUAAAUGGAGCAAAGUACAUAUCUUUAUAGUUAUUCUAAAAUGUACAUUAUGUAAGAAUUGUAAAUAUUAUACUUGAUUAAAUACUUUGUAUGCAGAAAAAUUACGAUAAUAAGUCAAUAAAAAUCUCACCUCUGGCAUAGUUCUUUUAUGCUCAGACUUCCACUUUAUUGUGACCUAUAACUGCGGACAUAUGUGUUAAGAGCUGUCAUGUUUAGGGUGCCUGGGUGGCUCAGUCAAUUAAGUGUCUGUCUUCAGCUCAGGUCAUGAUCCCAGGGUCUACCAGGGAGCCUGCUUCUCCCUGUGCCUUUGCCUCUCUCUCUCUGCCUCUCAUGAAUAAAUAAAUAAAAUCUUAAA